AUGUCGACUCCUGAACCUGUCGCGGGGUCUGCGGCCACUAUCCAGCAUCUCACCAAAAAGCUCAGACAUCUAGGGCGACUGCCCUCCAGCUGGGUGAAGGCUUUGGACGACCGAAACGUGCCUCAAGAAUCCUAUAUUUGUGACACCUGUCGAGGCCUCGAUCUCAGAGUCGAAUCGUUCCUGGCACAGCCGACCGACAACCAAUACCAAAAAGCACAGAAUUUUCGGUAUUUGGGCAAAUUGUCCCAAAUUCGGAGACGGGCACAUUGUCCAUUCUGCCGCCUUGUCCUCCAGAUUGCAGACCGACCUUCUGACCAACGGACUCCUUCUCUACAUGCCGAUGACGAUCCGGCAUGUUACGCUCGAUGGGUUGUGGAUGGUCAGGAAGACUUGGGUCCGGAUCCUGACAGGCCCGGAGAACACAUAUACAGACCGAAGACAAGAAGGUUGCUAAUCUACAGCGAUCCUCAAACAUUCAAAGACGGGUAUAUCGUCCUUCUGGCAGACGACGCCCCGAAUCGGGAGUUCUUUGGACGCAGGAUCACCUCACCGGAUCUGCUGGACCCUACACAGAUCCGCCAGUGGAUUUGUGACUGCGAGAGGACUCAUGCAGACGAAUGUGAAGAAUCAUUAGUGCACCCUGACUUGCUCGGAGCACCCAAAAACGUCUUUCGCGCGAUUGACGUGGAUCAGAUGUGCAUCGUCGAGACUUCUCAAAGCUCGAGAUACGUGGCUUUGAGCUAUCUUUGGGGCAAGAACUUCUCGCAGCUCUUUACAACAUCCAAAAAUCUCCCAAAGUUGUCACAACCGGGAGCUCUGGAGAAGGAGAGACUGCCACGGACCAUCAAGGAUGCCAUCACUCUCACCAAGUUACUCGGUGAACGAUACUUGUGGACAGACAGUCUGGCACUCUUGCAUGAUGAUGGAUUCCACUACCACGACGACUGGGUGUAUGCUCGUGCUGCCCUGACCGUGGUAGCCGGGUCCGGCAAAGACGCUAAUGCAGGUUUACCAGGUGUCAGAAAAGAAUCUCGCAAGUUCCAUCAGGAGAUUGAAGAGGUCAAACCCGGCUUGCGUCUGAUGGUGUCUCAUCUUGCUGAAGACUACAUCUCGACUUCCCAAUGGGAUUCUCGUGCGUGGACUUUCCAGGAAAGAAUGCUCUCACGGAGAUGCCUGCUAUUCGUCAACGGUCGGAUAUACUACCAAUGCCGGCGAACGACCUUCUGUGAGGAUAUGGAGCUGCCCCCAAGUAACGGGUGGUCGCUUGAUUCGAUUGACAUGCCUACUCGAAUAUUCCGGGAGAAGCCGUUUGUUCAAUUCACCUCGGCAGUGGAACUAUAUACACGGCGAGAUUUGACAAACCCUAUGGACAUUCUGAAUGCGUUUGAAGGCGUGCAAUUGGUGCUCGAGAAACGGAUUGGAGCGAAGAUCUAUUUUGGUGCACUGGAAACGAUGUUGGAUUCAUCUCUGAUAUGGGAAUCUACAAAGAGGCUCUUCCGUCGACAAGGAUUUCCAAGUUGGUCAUGGUCCGGCUGGAUGGGAGAGGUCCAGUGGAAGUAUACCGAACCGGUACAGUCAUGGAUCGAGUGGCAUGCCGACCAGGAUGUCGGCAUCCAUGUGUUUCCCAGGCAAGCCCAGGACCGGAUACCGCCACCCCUGCCACGACCCGACAACCGAGGCCCAGUGUCGCGCCACAACUUGAGCACAAGCAUUCCUUUGUUGCAUUUCCGGACUGUGUCGGCGUACUUCCAACUUACAUCGCCAGCACUCAUCCACAAAUCGGUUAUCUCGCCCCUCAGAAAGCGGCUGACUGGUCCAAGUGCGUUGUCGACCGUGCGACCAGCUCCGGCAGACCCAGGACUGAUUCGGGCUGGGAUUGCAGACAGCAAUGGACUCUGGUGUGGGACGAUCGAUCUCAACGUGGCCUGGAUGAAUCGGGUCGGGACACCCCUACAGUUCCUGGUUAUGUCGCGAGUCAGUCGAUUUACCGACGAUGAACUCGGAAUCUGGGAGGGGACUCUACCAGAUGACAUCGAGGAUCUACUGACAGAACGUAACUACGGUGUCUACAACGUUAUGUUGGUGUCCGAAAAGGACGGGAUAUAUUACCGCGAAGGGCUGGGGCGUAUAUUGACAGACGCCCUGCAUAGAGCUCUGGGGCCAGGGCCGGAGUGGAAAGAUAUCGUGUUGGGUUGA